AGUCGUACUCUCUUAAACCUUGUUUUGUGGUGGAGGCGUCUUUGGGAAUUCAGAUGGAUGAGCCAAUGGCUUUUUCUCCCCCGGGUGACCUGUUUCAGGCUGAUGGCUCUGUGAAAAAAUACGAGCCGAAUUUUAAACUUACAGGCAUUAAAAAAGAUAUUGAGAAGCUUUAUGAAGCUGUACCACAGCUUGGUAAUUUGUUUAAGAUUAAGGACAAAAUUGGAGAAGGCACUUUCAGCUCUGUUUAUUUGGCCACAGCACAGUUACGAGUAGGACCUGAAGAGAAGAUUGCUCUAAAACACUUAAUUCCAACAAGUCAUCCUAUAAGAAUUGCAGCUGAACUUCAGUGCCUAACAGUAGCUGGGGGGCAAGACAAUGUCAUGGGAGUUAAAUACUGCUUUAGGAAAAAUGAUCAUGUGGUUAUUGCUAUGCCAUAUCUGGAGCAUGAGUCCUUUUUGGACAUUUUGAAUUCUCUUUCCUUUCAAGAAGUACGGGAAUAUAUGUUUAAUCUGUUCAAAGCUUUGAAACGCAUUCAUCAGUUUGGUAUUGUUCAUCGUGAUGUUAAGCCCAGCAAUUUUUUAUAUAACAGGCGCCUGAAAAAGUACGCCUUGGUAGACUUCGGUUUGGCCCAAGGAACCCAUGAUACGAAAAUAGAGCUUCUCAAAUUUGUCCAGUCUGACACUCAGCAGGAAAGUUGUUCACAAAACAAAUCCCACAUAAUGACGGGAAAUAAGAUUUCAUUGAGUGACCCAGCACCUAAGGAGCUAGAUCAACAAUCUACCACAAAAACUUGUGUUAAAAGGCCUUACACAAAUGCACAAAUUCAGAUUAAACAAGGAAAAGAUGGAAAGGAGGGAUCUGUAGGCCUUUCUGCCCAGCGCUCUGUUUUUGGAGAAAGAAAUUUCAAUAUACACAGCUCCAUUUCACAUGAGAGCCCUGCAAUGAAACUCAUGAAGCAGUCAAAGACUGUGGAUGUACUGUCUAGAAAGUUAGCAACAAAAAAGAAGACUAUUUCUACAAAAGUUAUGAAUAGUGGUAUGUUGAGGAAAACUGCCAGUUCUUGCCCAGCUAGCCUGACCUGUGAUUGCUAUGCAACAGAUAAAGUUUGCAGUAUUUGCCUUUCAAGGCAUCAGCAGGUUGCCCCUAGGGCAGGUACACCAGGAUUCAGAGCACCAGAAGUCUUGACAAAGUGCCCCAAUCAAACUACAGCAAUUGACAUGUGGUCUGCAGGUGUCAUAUUUCUUUCUCUGCUUAGUGGACGAUAUCCAUUUUAUAAAGCAAGUGAUGAUUUAACUGCUUUGGCUCAAAUUAUGACAAUUCGGGGAUCCAGGGAAACUAUCCAGGCUGCUAAAACCUUUGGCAAAUCAAUAUUAUGUAGCAAAGAAGUUCCAGCACAAGAUUUGAGAAAACUCUGUGAGAGACUCAGGGGUAUAGAUUCCAACACUCCCAAAUUAACAAGUGAUAUACAAAGGCCUGCUUCUCUUCACCCAACUGUUUCAGAGAAGACUGACCCUAAAGCUUCUCACCUCAUCCAAACACCUCAAGCACAGCACUCAGGGAAUUCAUUAUAUAAAGGGGACAGUAAUGGCUGUGGGAGUCAUUUUGAUGAGUGUAAUACCAAUUUAGAAGGCUGGGAUGAGGUACCCGAUGAAGCUUACGACCUGCUUGAUAAACUUCUAGAUCUAAAUCCAGCUUCAAGAAUAACAGCAGAAGAAGCUUUGUUGCACCCGUUUUUUAAAGAUAUGAACUUUUAA